UCAGUGUUGACGGAGAGAGAACAUGCAGAGUAACCUCAUAACGACAAAUUCGCACUGCGCCCGGACGGAGGAGGCUCAUGCUUAAGGUGAAAAUUCAAAGCACACUUUCAUAAUACAGAAACGAAUUGAAGCACUGCCUGUUUAAUCUUUUACAGCCUUCAUACCAUCGAGCAUUUAACAACCUAAGCUAUGAAUUUCAAGGCAAUCCUAAUAACUGCGUGUAUUUGGUUUCCUGCUUUAAUAACUGCAGAGGAUAUAGAAAGUGAACCCUUUCAAGCCUGCAACCCGUUAGCCUGCGUUGAAGGAGCCAAACUACUAAAUGAAUCGCUUAACAGCAGCGUUGACCCUUGCACGGACUUCUAUGCACAUGUUUGCAAUGGAUGGGAAAGCCGUAAUCAAGGUCCAAGUCUUAGCGGGAGCUAUGAUGUUUAUCAGGAUAUUGAUAACAAUAUUACUGAAAAGCUAAGCUAUAUUCUUGGAAACAGAACUCUGGUUGAGAGCAACCAAACCAUAAUAGACAAAGUGACAAUCAUGUAUAAGGCGUGUAUAGCACUUCCAGAUGCUCGGGAGGCUUUUAUUAGAGUGCUGAAUGAAUCCGGAUUUCCUCUCUGGCCGAUUCUCACCGAAGGAAACAUCUUCAGCUCCACUAAUUCUGCAGAUUUACUUCGGAAUAUGAGCAUUUCUACAAUUGCCCACGUGGACGUUGUAGAUAUGAAAGCAUACGCCACGAAUCCGCAGAAUCCUUAUUCAAUGGUGGAGCAGCUGUCACCGGCCGUGUAUUGCAAGUGA